CGCCGCCUCCGCCGCCAUGAGCGGGGGGGGGGAGGGACCGGGACCCCCCCCGGGACCGGGACCGGGACCGGCACCGGGACCUCCCCCCGGGGCCGAGCGGGGCGGGCAGCGCGUGCGGGGCCGAGUCCUCGCGGCCUGGAACAGCGUCAAAUACGGCUGGACGCUGCGGCCGCGGCCCCACUUCAGCCCGCGGGACCCCCUGUACCUGCUGGGGAGGGUCUACGAACCGGGGAACGGGGAGGAGCUGGCGCGGUUCCGGUGGGAUUUCUGCUCCCGGUUGUGGCUCACGUACCGCAGCGGAUUCCCGGCGCUGCCCGGGACCCCCCGCACCACGGACUGCGGCUGGGGCUGCACCCUGCGCAGCGCUCAGAUGCUGCUGGGCCAGGGGCUGCUGCUGCACCUGCUGGGCCGGGACUGGAUGUGGCCGGAGGCGCUGCUGGAAUUGGAACUGGGGGGGUCCCGUAGGAGCCGCGACCCCCCGGGACGGACACGGCCCCCCCGGGAUGGACCAAGGGUCCCCCGGGAUGGACACGGAUCCCCCAGGACGGGCGCUGGAUCCCGGGAACCCCCGGGAUGUACCCAGGACCCUCCAGGAUGGACGCGACCCCCCCAGAACGGACAGGGACCCCCCAGGAUGGACACGGAGUCCUCCAGGGGGACACGGGACCCCCCGGGACGGGCCCGGGACCCCUCGGGACGGACACGACCCCUCCCGGGUCCCCCCCGGGACGCGGAGCAGCGGCACCGAGCCAUCGUGUCCUGGUUCUCCGACCACCCCCGAGCCCCGUUCGGGAUCCACCGGCUCGUGGAGCUGGGCCGGGAGUUCGGCAAGAGCGCCGGGGACUGGUUCGGUCCCGCCAUCGCCGCCCACCUGCUGCGGGGGGCCGUGGAAUCCUGCACGGAGACCCCCCGGCUCGCCGUCUACGUGGCCCAGGAUUGCACCGUUUACAAAGGGGACGCGGCCAGGUUGGUCGCCGCGGGCUCGUCCUGCUGGUGCCCGGCGCGAUUGGGGGGCGAGAGCCUGAACCCCGUGUACGUGGAGUGUGUCAAGGUGGAGCUGCUGCAGCUCCGCUCCUGUCUCGGCAUCAUCGGCGGAAAGCCGCGGCACUCGCUCUUCUUCCUCGGCUUCCAAGGUGAUUCCCUGCUCUACCUGGACCCGCACCUCUGCCAGCCCUGCGUGGACACGGCCCCGGAGAACUUCCCGUCCAGGUGGUCCUUCCACUGCUGCUUUCCACGGAAAAUGACCUUUGGGAAGAUGGAUCCCAGCUGCACCUUCGGCUUCUACGCCGGCGGGACAGAGCUGGAGCAGCUCUGGGGGGACCUGGCCCAGGUGCUGGCCCCCCCCUCGGCUCCGGGACGUUAUCCCAUCUUCACGCUGGCCGAGGGUCACGCUCAGGACCAGGCCCUGGAUCCCCCCCCCGGGCCGCCCCCUCCCCUCCCCCGCCGGGGGAAACGCCCCAAAAAACCCAACUCGGACGAGUUCGUUUUCCUCUGAGCCCCCCCCCCCCCCCCCCCCCCAAACACUGGAUCAGCCCCGGGAUGUGCAGCUGGCACAUCCCCCCCCCCCUCAAAUUGGGGCUGUUUUGGGUCACUACUGCUCCUCCUCCACCCCGGGACCCCCCCACUCAAAUUCCCGGGA